UCCCCUCCCCCAUCCCGAAGGCAGUUCCAUCCCCUGUGGAGGAUGCCUCCACCCUGGCUCGCCUCGGCCCCCCGCUGUUUUUUUCCGAAAGGUGCCUCCGGGGUCGGGACUUGGGAGUUUCCGCUAGUCGUCGGGGCCGGUGCGUGGCGCUGGGGUGGAGGCGGCUGGGUCUCGGUGGCUCCUGAGGGGCCCCUCCGGGCGUCUGGGCCCGGGACGCCCGUCGGUGCCACGCUGGCCCUCAAGCCCUGACGGGUGGCAUCUUGACCCUCCGGCGGCGCGUCCCUUGACCGAUCUUGUAGCCUCAAUCUUCAGGCCUCGGUCCCGGCUAUAAGUCUCCAGCCAGUAUAGUGUAAGCCACUUGUUAGGGUGCUUAUAACUCCUUUUGGUCUUGUUUUUCAGUAGAACCAAGGGACACGAGUGAUUUGAGGCAGUUUAUCUCUUAGCAAAGAGAUAAAGCAAAGACUGACACUAAAUUGGACAUAUUGUGUCGGUUCUAGUUCAAGUUUUCCUGUGGCAUUUUUGUGUUUCAUUUCUUUUAAAAUCUGGAAACUAUAUACUUGUUUCAAAAUGAAGGUGGAAAAGAACGUGCUUUUAAAACUCUUUAGAAGAAAACUAGCUUUUUAUUGCAUUUUUUUUACCAUCUGUGAAAACUUCCUGUAAUUCAUUUUUCCUCACUCCAGUAUUAAGAAUUAUACCAAAUUAAAAAGAUAUGAAUGAAUAUCCUAAAAAAAGAAAAAGGAAGACUUUACACCCUUCUCGUUAUUCAGAUUCCUCUGGAAUAAGCAGAAUUGCAGAUGGAUUCAAUGGCAUUUUUUCUGAUCAUUGUUAUAGUGUUUGUUCUAUGAGACAACCAGACUUAAAAUAUUUUGACAACAAAGAUGAUGAUUCUGAUACAGAGACAUCAAAUGACUUGCCAAAAUUUACAGAUGGAAUCAAGGCCAGAAACAGAAAUCAAAACUACCUGGUUCCCAGUCCUGUACUUAGAAUUCUAGAUCACACUGCCUUUUCUACAGAAAAAUCUGCUGAUAUUGAAAUUUGUGAUGAAGAGUGCGACUCCCCUGAAUCAGUCAACCAGCAAACUCAAGAGGAGAGCCCUAUAGAAGUUCACACUGCUGAAGAUGUUCCAAUUGCUGCGGAAGUGCAUGCAAUUUCUGAAGAUUAUGAUAUAGAGACAGAAAACAAUUCCUCUGAGAGUCUCCAAGACCAAACUGAUGAAGAGCCACCAGCUAAACUUUGCAAAAUUCUUGACAAGAGCCAAGCUUUUAAUGUGACUGCCCAGCAGAAAUGGCCUUUACUGAGAGCUAAUAGCAGUGGCCUCUAUAAAUGUGAACUUUGUGAGUUCAACAGCAAAUAUUUUUCUGAUUUAAAGCAGCAUAUGAUCUUGAAGCAUAAGCGUACUGAUUCAAAUGUCUGUCGAGUAUGCAAAGAAAGUUUCUCUACCAACAUGCUCCUGAUCGAACAUGCCAAACUGCAUGAAGAGGAUCCCUACAUUUGUAAAUACUGUGAUUAUAAGACAGUAAUUUUUGAGAACCUCAGCCAGCACAUUGCAGACACCCAUUUUAGUGAUCACCUUUAUUGGUGUGAGCAGUGUGAUGUACAGUUCUCCUCAAGCAGUGAACUCUACCUACAUUUCCAGGAGCACAGCUGUGAUGAACAGUACUUGUGUCAGUUCUGUGAACAUGAAACGAAUGAUCCAGAAGACUUGCAUAGCCAUGUGGUAAAUGAGCAUGCAUGUAAAUUAAUAGAGUUAAGUGAUAAGUAUAACAAUGGAGAACAUGGACAGUACAGCCUCUUAAGCAAAAUUACAUUUGACAAAUGUAAAAACUUCUUUGUAUGUCAAGUAUGUGGGUUUCGGAGUAGACUUCAUACAAAUGUUAACAGGCAUGUUGCUAUUGAACAUACUAAAAUUUUUCCUCAUGUUUGUGAUGACUGUGGGAAAGGCUUUUCAAGCAUGCUAGAAUAUUGCAAACAUUUAAAUUCACAUUUAUCUGAAGGGAUUUAUUUAUGUCAAUAUUGUGAAUAUUCAACAGGACAGAUUGAAGAUCUUAAAAUUCAUCUAGAUUUCAAGCAUUCGGCUGAUUUACCUCAUAAAUGUAGUGACUGCUUAAUGAGGUUUGGAAAUGAAAGGGAAUUAAUAAGUCACCUUCCAGUCCAUGAGACAACUUGAUUGUUCUCUUUAACUUCCAUAAUGUUGAUGUAAAAUAAUAAAUUUGACUUUUUUGCAGAUGUUAAAAUGGAUGAUUUUAAACACAACUUAUGAGAACUGUCUUUAACAAGAUCUUUUUAAAUUUUUUUUCUUGGCAUUGCUACCUUUUUCAGUAUAUAAUUGUAUCCUAAAUGUGGUAUUUUCAAUGUAUUGUAGUUGGUAGUUUUAACCGCUUUUGGUGACUAUCGUCGUCUGGCAUGUUCUCUGAUUUCAUAAAUCGAUAAGAAACAGAUGUACUGAAGAAAUUAGACUAUAGUUUUCCUUCCGUAAACAUAGGUGCUGUAAACUUUUUCUUCUUUAAACUCAAAACAAGAUCAGUUUUUCAUGUAUGAAGUCGUUAAAGUACUGUACUACCAGAACUAAAGUGCAACAUAAUAUGCACCUAAGUCCAGUGAUACUCCCAUUAAUAAGAUCCAGACCCUCCUUUUGCAUUCCCCAACAAUUAUUAUCCCCAAGGCAAUCAGUGAACUCCCCAUCUGUGUGAUUCUUUCAGUGACACUAGGAGGCCAGCGUUGUGGUAAGAAGGAGAGAUCUGGUUUUCUUGGCAGUCUUUUUUUAAUUCUCACUCUAUUUUAACCCCAUCUGUGUGCUAAAUAAUUUUAAAUGGGGAGAAAGUGGUAAGGGGUUCGACAAUAAAGUAACAUUUCAUAAUUCAUUUAUAAAUGAAUAAACAGGUUAUUUAUAAUCUGUUCACAUUUCAUUUAGAGUUAUGCAACUGCAAAGUCAUGCCCGAACUUCUGAUAUCAAAUCAUUUUCUGAGAAAACCCUCUGAAGUAUUAAAAUAGAAAUAGGAAGAUGUGGGAGAUAGGGGUUGCUGUAUGAAAAUGUAUAGAUUACUUUUGAUAGUGGUAAAUCAAUCUUCUAUAUUAGUUUCCUAUGGCUACCAUAACAAAUUAUCACAAACUGAGUGGCUUAAACAAUAGAAAUUUAUUGCCUCACAGUUCUAGAGGCUAGAAAUUCAAAAUUGAAAUAUUAGCAUAGUUGAUUCCUUCUGAGAGCUGUGAGAGAAGGAUCUGUUCCCCCGCUGCUCUCCUUGGCUUGUACGUGGCUAUCUUCAUGUUCACAUCAUCUUCUCCCUGAGUGCAAGUCUGUUUCCAACUUUGACCCUUUUACAAGGAACCAGCCAGUAAUUGGAUUAGGGCCCACCCUGAUAACCUCAUUUUAACUUGAUAAAGACACUAUACCCAAAUAAGUUCAUAUUUUGAUGUACUGGGGCCCAGGACUUCAACAUAUGAACUGAGGGGAGUGAGGGAGAGGCACAACUACAAUUCAGUAACAGCUUUUUAUAGUAUCAAGGAGAUAGCAUUUUGUGCAUCAUUGACCUCAAAUAUAAUAAACACUGUCACUAACUAUAUUGUCAUUCAGAAAUAUUGAUGUAGUUGAAAAGACUGAUUUAUGACCCACAGUGUUUUUUUUUACUUCAAGACCCAUGGGAAUUGAGUCUGUUUUGAGAAUGGUGGCAGCAACAAGUUUUUCAAAACCAAUCAUUUUUAUUUCCACCAUUUUGUUAUAUAUGCAUACCUGUAUUCCUAAAAACUACCAUUCUAUCUGAUUAUCACAUUCCAGGUAGAGCUGCCUGAUGUAAAUAUUUCUUAGAAGAUUUAAAAUUAUAAUGAAAUUGUAAGAAAACAUUAGAAACCAUCUGGUCUACACCCUCUAGGUUUCUAAGUUUCUUACAGAAACAGAAACUUAGGGUUAUUAUUAGGCCAGGGUCCCAAAACCAGUUAUAGCAGACAGGAGUGGAAUCCAAGUUAUUUGGCUUCCAGUGUAGUUAUGUUUCCAUUACACCAUGUUACAUAAAAAUCUAAGAUUUGUCCUUGGGAUGUUUUUCAUAACUACGUAACCUAGCCAUUCAACUACCUUCUUGGUAAUUCUGUCUAUAAUUUUUUAAUAUACAUCCAGCUUCAGGAAUUUGAUUUUCAGGAAACAAACCUUAAAUAAAUAAUGCCUGGGUUUUUUUUUUUAAUUGUGUAUUUUACAGCUUUACUUUUGAUCAGGUGUUAGUAAUCAAAUUAGAGAUUGUAAUGCAACUACUCCAGAGGUAUUAAAUCCAAGUUUUAGAACCAUAUAAUUUAGUGCUUUUUUGCUGAAUCUGCAGCUUGAGGCCACAUCUCACUGACAGUUUGUCCAAUAAAACCUUUUUGCUUUGACUCAGCUUUCAAAUAAGCCUAUGACUGACCAUAAAUUGCUGAGGUAGCAAGUCUAUAUUUUUAGCUAAAUGAACUUCUUUGGAAAAACAAACCUACUUAAAAAGAAAAUUUUCUAAUUGCUUCUAGAUUUUUUCUGUGCAAAGACAGACAUUUCCACUGUACUCUUGUGACUCGAGAAUACGUAACAGAUGGUGAUGUUUAUUAGCACUACAAUAGAAUUCUUGGCAGUAGUGAACAGUAGUGAUCUUUUUUUUUCAUCUUCACUUUGCAGUUCAUGUUAUUUGAAAAUGAUUGUGUGGUACUCAAAAGCUUGUAAAUUUGUAAAUUUCCUGCUUGUGAACUUGCCAGUUUUACCAUUUUAAAUCACCUUUCUCAUUCCUCUGAGUUUGUAUCAUCACAUAUUAACCAGUUUCUCUGUUUCACAGGGUCUGUAGCCUGUUAGGUGAUUGCUGAAUUAUUGGCAGGUGUAGCCAGUAGUGUUUUGUUUUUCCCCAAUAAACUAACACUAUUCCUAGUUUUUAAAUCUGAUUUUCAAAGCAUUGAAUUACUUAAUUCCUGGCAAUUUGCAGUUAAUCUUACUCAGCUUGUUCUCCCAGUCUUACCUUUUACAAGCAGGUUAAUAUACUCCCCAAACUUCUGUGAUUAAUUUUUGAUGGAAUUUUCAUGACUUAAAAGCACUAUAAGUGACAUAAAUUUGAAAAAGCUAAUAAAAAUCAAAUAGCCAUGGGAAUUCCCUGCCAGUCCAGUGGUUAGGACUCCAUGCGUCCACAGCAGGGGGCACGAGUGAGAUCCCUGAUGGGGAACAAAGAUGCCCCAAGACGUGCGGCACAGCCAAAAGAAAAAAAUACGUAUCAAAUAGCCACAAUCCUCUUGAGAAGCAGAUUGGCUUAAAAGAAUCAGUACUUUUUAUUUAAUUGAAAAUAAAUAGUUUAACUAACUGUAAAUCCCAACAGAGAAGCAAAUCUGGCUAGUUUUUCCCUACGAUUAACAGUCUCAUCCCUAUAAAUUAAAAAUGAACUUUUGAAUAUAUAUUCCUUUGUAACUCAAGUUCUGAUGACUGAAGAUAGAGUAUCUACAAGAAUUAUUCAUGGCAUUGAGUUUAUGGAUUUACAAAUAUACCUUAUAUUGGUUUAGCUUUCCAUAAAUUAAUCUCUUAAGACAACAGUCAAAUCUAAGAGAAAGAAAUGUGUAUGUACACUUAUGGUGUAAAAUAUAAAUUCACAAAGCUAAAAGUCACAUGUAAUUUACAUGUUUAUUACAUGAAGUUGUAUGCUCAAUUUGUAAGUUUAAAAAACAAAAUAUCAAUAGUCUGUUAGUUGCUUGGAGUCUACUUCAUACUAGUGAUUUGAAAAAUAAUUUUCUAUAUAAAGAUUUUUCCAUAUUAAAGCAUCACCACAACUUCCUUGUUAAGUUCAUUCUCCUUAGUAACCUUGGUAUUAAACUGGUAACUACCUGAACCCAAAAUAAAUCACAUUUAUGAAAAGUAAUUUCUUCACUGUAAAAAGAAACAAUUUUCUCACAUUGCUAAAUAGGAAUAUUGUGUCAUCUACUAGUCUUAAUCCCAUACUUUAAAAGGUAUGACUAUUUAGAUACUUUUUUAGGGGGAUUUUUGUUGUCACAACCUUUAAGUUUUUGUUUAUUUUGAGUUUUAAAUAGGCAAACAAAUAUGACCUGGAUAAUUUUUUUCUUGCUAAAAAUAUUGAGCUGAAUGAAUUACACAUUGAAAAAUUUAAUGAAAAGUAUGUUUUGAAUAAAAAAUGUUUUCUAGUUUUUAAAUAUCUUAUCCAGAUACUGUCCACUACUGAAAAACAUUACAGUUGAAAUCAUUGAUACUUUUGCCCUUAUUCUUCAGAAUAAGCUGAGAUUAGGAAUUGGAAUCAUACCAAAAUAACACAGAAAUGUAAUUUCUGGUGGGUAGUGUUUUUUUGUUUUUGUUUUUUGUUUUUUGAUCCUCUGCCUAAAGACCAUUUACCAUGAUGUUUUGGAUUUUAGUUGGCUGAAAUCUGAGACUAUUGAAUUCUCUUUUCUUGCCUACCCUGCACAUUUUAUUUAGGGUUACCACUUCUCUGCUAUAGCAUUAUGUUUUUUUAAAAAACAUAUUGCUCGAACUGUAUUCUAUGACUGAUUACCCUCCUCUGUGCAACUCUUCCACACCUCAUUUGGAUUUUCAGAAAGUCUCAAAAGAUUAAAAUUUUCCCAAUUAGCAAGGUGAGAGUGGAUUUUUUUCCUUUAAUUCUUCCUUCUCUGUAUUCUCCAAACUGUUUAAAAUAACUUAAUCCUUUCAUACCAUAUACCCACCACAUCACUCGCUUCUAUACCCUGUAAAUAUUUUAUAAAUUUCUGUCUAACAGCAGUGCUGAAUUUAGAAAUUUUUAAAGCAUAAUAUCAUGGCACUUUUUUUUUGCGGGGGGCGGGGCAGGGAGGAGGCUGUGCAGCUCUUGCAGAAUCUUAGUUCCCCAACCGGGGAUUGAGCACAGGGGAUUGAGCACAGGCCACAGAGUAAAAGCACCAAGUCCUAACCACUGGACCGCCAGGAAAUUCCCUCAUGGCACUUCUUCCUUUAUGGUUACAAGAUUAUGGUUAAGUGCCUUGUGGCACUGAUCCAGUGUUCUUUAGUGAACAACUAAAUUGCUGAAGUAGAGAAACUAACACAAAAUGACAGUAUGUUAGUUUAGGAGGAACCUCAGAAAUCAGGAGGAACCUCAGAAAUCAUCUAAUCCAGACUCAUAAAGCGCACAACAUAUAAAAAUAUAUAUAGUACAUAGUUUUAUUUUCAUGGUUGUAAAUUAUAUGUUGUGAAAUGUAACAUCAGAUCUGAUUCAUGAAUAUUUUUACUUAAGACAACUUUUUUUUUUAAAGCAAA